AUGAUGCACGCGGUCCUUGAAGACGCAGAGCGUGCGGAUGAGCAUGUUCUCAAUUUCAUAGGCUUGAUCAAUGGUCAUCGAGUGCUCAACCGGUCAUUUGACACUGAUGGCCGACUACUUUGCCGCGACGCACUAUUCGAUGGCCAUUUUCGCCGGCAUUUUCGGAUGUGCAAGACCAUCUUGGAUCGUUUGUACCAUGAUGGUCGGUCCUACGAUGACUACUUCAUCCUGAAUAUGGACGCCAUGGGAACGAUUGUCUUCUCUGGUUACCAUAAGUGCACAACCGCACUCUGGGUGCUUGCAUAUGGUACAGCCGCUGAUUCAUGGGACGAGUACCUGCGGAUGUCUGAGAGAACAUGCGGAGAUGCCAUGGUCAGGUUUGCAACUGUCAUGGUCGAGGUGUUCGGACCUCAAUACCUGAGAGAAUCAACUGUGGCAGACACCGAGAGACUUCUGCCAAUCUCAGGAGCAAGAGGGUGGACAGGUAUGCUUGGAUCUCUUGACUGCAUGCGUUGA